AUAACGAGUGUGAAAACGAACACGUACAUUGAUAGACUCUACAUCUCGCCACGAGCGCCUAUCAUCCGAUUGCAUCAUUACCAUCUUGAUCAUAUUUUGCCGUCCUCUGCAGAUGUUAAGAAAUUCACCAGUACUUUGAAUUAAUUACUUGACAAAGUGAGAUGUCACCCAUGGUUCACGAUGGUCUGGAAAACCAAUUAUUAACAACACAGUGAUUGGACAUGGGAUAUGGGCUGAGCGGAUAUUGUGCUGGUAAUUUCCGUUUCUACGCAAUCUAACUGAUGGUAGCAAGCAGCACUGACUCCCGCAAGUGGUUAUGCCACUGUUUCUACCCCCAUUGUUAUACUGAUGGGUGAUCAACGCAACAGGAUACCUUUAUUCACCAGACAUAGAUAUUAUAUUGAAGCUUCAUUCAUGCAAAUGUGUUCGCUGAACUUGUAUAGACUCUUUGUCUCUAAUAAAAUAUUUUGACAUUCACCAUGCUCCGUGUGUUGACUACGAUUGCACUCUUCCUUUGCACCGCAGCGGAGUUUUUGACUGAUCCCCGAAGUGUCACGGUGUACGAGGGGCAAAAUAUCACGCUGACAUGUAAAUCUGAUAUCUUCGACAAUGGGGAGGUUUGCUCCACGUAUUCGUUCUACUGGAGAAAGGAUAUUUCGCUAUCGACUGACACCUACUUUUCGGUUUGCGGCACGGUUUAUACACAAUUCAGAGAGAGGAUGACCGUCUCGAAGAACUAUGGCGAUUAUUCUCUUACAAUCACACACGUUCGCUCUGUUGACUCUGGUAGAUACUACUGCUAUGAUAACUCGAAUUUAGAAUCAGCAAGGGCUGACUUGGUAGUUCUUCGUGCACCGCCAUCUUGUGACGUCACCCCAAACCCCGUUACUGUUGAUGCACUAGCUCAGCUGGUAUGUCGCCUCUCAUCAGAGACAGACCCAGCCAGCCUCUUGACUUGGAUCUAUGUAGAAUCCGGUAUCGUGGUCGACUCGACCGAAGAUCCGGAAUAUUCCUUCACGGCUGACCACUGGGUGACCGAACUCGACAACUUCAAGGAGUUCGCUUGUGUGGCCGGACCGGAUCUGACCAACGGAGCCAGAUGUGUUAUUACCCCACUACAAGUACAGACGAUUGUGCUGAUUUCUCCUAGCCCUUCUGUAACCGUCUUCGAGGGAGAUCUGGCAACCUUCACAUGUACUUCUGAGUCAAUCCCGAGUGCUUAUGAGUUUAGAUGGCGCGUGAGUAAACCAAACGGUCUAGAGGACAAGGUGAAUGUGAAUACUAUAUCAAAUCUACGGGGUGAGUAUUCGCUCAGCGAUAACGGGCAAGAAAUGGGAAUUAUACGGGUAUCUAUUGUCGAGUUUGACAAUGCUGUUAUAAGAUGCAUUGCUUUUAACGGCCGAGAGCCUGCAGUUAGCAGUGAAGAAACAAUAUUACUCGUUUUGCCGGCAAGUGAACGCGGAACAACUCACCAGCCAUUCGGAACGGAUCCGUUAGAACCAGACUCUAAAGCCGACACUGGUUCCAGUACUGGUAACGUCGUAGGGGGCGUCAUAGGAGUCAUCAUUUUACUGGCAAUCAUAGCAAGUCUUGCAUGCUACCUACUGCGAAACAAGAAUGGUAGUUUGAAACAACGACUUGGCCGGAGCAAAUUUAACAAACUUUCCUCAAAAGCUCUGCCCACAAUGUCAGUAGAACAGGCAUCUCCAACGUACGAAGAAGUUCCUCAAGAUGCCGUUAGGUAUCACACUAGGAAUUCAUCCGACGAUAUAACCGAGCAGCCCGCCCUCUACGCUCUGCCCGAGGCAGCUAUAAUGCAGGACCCAGAGACUUGUGGCCCCUCAUCCCCAACGUACGCUAACAGCAGUGGCUAUGUAAACCUUCCACGACACAGCGACCAACGCCCAUUGUCUGGUGCAUCAGGCGCAGACAACAGACGCAAUGUGAGCAGUGAAGAGGUAAAGUACUCAGUGUUAGACAAAUCCAGACAAAACCGUCAUUCAUCCCAACCAGCCGGAGAAACAACAGAGGGCGCUGGACAGUCACCAGACGACGACCGGAAGCAAAAGAACGCCGAAGGCCUGGUGUACGCAGAACUGGACUUAGAGAACGCCCGACCCGCAUCAAGUGUGGAGAACAGUCAACACGCAGACGAGUCUAUUAACUACGCCUCAAUCCGUGGUGACAUGGCAGCAGUGAGGAGUUUGCUCAGUAGAGAUUAAUGAAUUAACGAAAACACUGUCUCUGAUACUGAAGUUUGAACUGAAUCGUGUACGCAACGCUCCCACGUGUAAAUAAUUAUAUUUUGUGUAAAAGUAGAAUAAUAAUUAUAGUCUGUACAGUGUCAUUUACAGUGCUGCCCAAUGAGCAUUAAAUAAAAAUGAACAAAACGUACGCGUUUCACAUUAACGAAAACAAAAUAAAAGUGAAACAGUCUACAAAAAUAACUCUUGAUUUCAUACGACGCCACAAGUCCGAAAAAAAACAUGCUUAAUUGGGUGAGUACUGCUCGCUAUUGUAAAAAGUUUGGAAAAUUAUGCUGCGUAGGAAUUAGCUUUCCAAUUUGUAACUCUAACAUGGAAUAACAUAACUGUAUCAUCACUAAAAUUGUGUAUGUAUACUAGUUAUUUCUCAUUGCGAAGGUUCAUUGGCUUUGAAACUGGUUUCGGUUUUAUAAUUGGAAACUGACGUCAUGGACAAUAUAGUGAUAAGGAUGUGACAUAAUACUUUUGUAUCGGACGAUUCCAAACAAUGACCAUGCAUUAUCGUCGAGGAGCGGAAACUCGGACUAGUCUUUGUUCAAUUCGUUUACCGUGUUUGGAUUCAUUUCAAUAAUAAGGGGGUGGGUAAAGGCCCUUGAUACUGUUGGUAUACUAAAAAAGAGCUGUUGAUAGUACAACACAUUGUGGAAACGGCUCCCUCUGAAGUAACGUACUUUUCGAGAAAGAACUAAUUUCCCAAUAAAAUAUUUGAACUCGAUUUCAGACCUAAAAGGCAAAGUUCGAAUGCAUGUAUGGCCGGUAUACCGAAAAUAGAUUAUCAAAGAAUGGCUUAUUUUUGGCUGUUAAUGCAUUCACUCAUUUCUGCACACACGAUUUGUUUCUCUCCUUAAAGUCACCUGGAAAUAGAAUUUUGUUUUCUUGGAACAAUAAAAUAUUUUUUUUUGAGUAAUU